AAAGGGGGAAAGUGACAGACGAGCCCACGACGCACUGCCGGUGUUCAGCAGUUCACAUCAGAUCUGUGUGGAACAUGUGACUUGCUCCAGCAGACAACAGCUGCUGUGCGUCAUGGCGCGGGUGCGGACGCGGCCCACGCGUCGCCGCCUGGCGACAGAUCCCCAUGGAGUGAACCGCGGUCCACCGCGUCAGAGUGGACGACCGGGAGUCGGAGCAAAGUGCACACAGGAAGCCGCCGCCGCCGCCGCACAACGCUCCGCUCCACGGUGGCCGACGCACGCCACGAUGCGGCGGAGUAACGGCAAAGCCCCGCGUCCUUCGAGGCUCUCGCCGAUCGGCGUCCUGUGUCUCUCUGCGCUCUGGCUCGCACCUGCGAUGUCACACCCGCAGUGUCUGGAUUUCAAGCCUCCGUUCCGCCCGCUGCGGGAGCUCGACUUCUGCGUCAUGUACAAGGAGUUCGGCUGCUGCGACUAUCAGAAGGACCAGGAGCUGAUGACCAAGUUCUACCGGAUUAUGGACAACUUCGAUUAUCACGGAUACACCAGCUGCGCGGGCUUCGUCCUCGAGCUGCUCUGCCAGGAGUGUUCUCCCUAUGCAGCUCACCUCUUCGAUGCCGAGGACCCAGGCACCACGUUACGGACCAUCCCUGGUCUCUGUCAGGACCACUGCUUCCAGUUUUGGGAAAAGUGCAGCUCCACCAUUCCUCUCCUGUCGGACGACCCUCACAUGGUCAAAGUCAAAGAAGACCGGGCUCGUUUCUGCCAGUACGUGGGGCUAGAUGACGUGGACUACUGCUACCCACACCUCCUCAGCAACCAGAAGCUCACCAACAACCUUGGCCGGGUACAGUCCGACUCAGAUGGCUGUCUGCAGCUGUGUCUGGAAGAGGUGGCCAAUGGUUUGCGGAACCCGCUAGCCAUGGUCCAUGCCAAUGAUGGCACACAUCGGUUCUUUGUGGCAGAACAGGUGGGCUUGGUGUGGACCUUCCUUCCUGACCGGUCCAAACUGCAGAGACCAUUUUUGAACAUUACCAAGGCGGUGUUAACAUCAUCAUGGGAAGGUGAUGAGAGAGGCUUUCUGGGACUCACUUUUCACCCAAAGUACAAGUACAACAGGAAGUUGUAUGUGUAUUACUCAGUGGAGGUGGGUUUUGAUGAGAGGAUCAGGAUCAGUGAGUUCCGUGUAUCAACCAGCGACAUGAAUGAAGUGGAUCACACCUCUGAGCGGGUUAUUCUGGAGAUCGACGAGCCUGCUUCGAACCACAAUGGAGGGCAGCUACUCUUUGCAGAUGAUGGUUAUUUGUACAUUUUCACAGGUGACGGUGGGAUGGCGGGAGACCCAUUUGGGAAAUAUGGGAAUGCCCAGAACAAGUCAGCACUCUUGGGUAAAGUUCUUCGUAUCGAUGUGGAUGACAAUGAGAGAGGCCCAUUAUACAGAAUCCCUGCAGAUAACCCCUUCACACACGAACGAGGAGCUCGACCUGAGGUUUAUGCUUACGGUGUCCGCAAUAUGUGGAGGUGCUCGGUGGACCGGGGGGACCCUAGAACCAAAGAGGGAAAGGGACGCAUCUUCUGUGGCGACGUAGGCCAGAACAAGUUUGAGGAGAUCGAUAUCAUCGAGAAAGGUCGAAACUACGGCUGGAGAGCUAAAGAGGGCUUCUCCUGCUAUGAUAAGAAGCUGUGUGCCAACAGAACACUGGAUGAUGUCCUGCCUAUUUAUGCAUACCCACACAAGAUGGGUAAGUCAGUGACUGGUGGUUACGUGUACCGAGGCUGUGAAUACCCCAACCUGAACGGCAUGUACAUAUUUGGAGACUUCAUGAGUGGGCGUUUGAUGAGUCUGCAGGAGGAUAGAAACACAGGGCAGUGGAAAUACAAUGAGAUAUGUAUGGGGAUGGGCCUGACCUGCGCCUUCCCUGGACUCAUAAACAACUACCACCAGUACAUCAUCUCCUUUGCUGAGGAUGAAGCUGGCGAGCUGUACUUCAUGUCCACUGGAAUACCAAGCGCCACGUCACCCUCAGGAGUCAUUUAUAAAGUGGCGGAUCCCUCAAGACGCGCUCCACCCAGACAGUGUCACUAUGACCCUCUUCCCGUCAGAGUAAAAAGUAAUCUCAUCAAGUUUGUUCCACAGGAAACAUUGAUUGGAGUUGAGCCAUCCAGCAAAAAAAUGCCUGAGCCACAACCCACGGACUCACAUGACUGGCUCCAAGAGCUCCUUGACCAUCUAGGUGAACCAGGACCAGACCAGGCCACCCCUCUGCCUACCACAACCACCACCAAACCACACAGACAUUCCAGGAGGAAAGGACGGCGCAGGAAGGAAAAAUCCAGAGCGGAAACUGCACCGGAGCUCCAGAGUGGAAUGGUAAGGCUGGUUGGAGACGAGCAGGGCCGCGAUGACCGUGGGCGGGUUGAGAUCUACGUUAACACGGAGUGGGGCACUGUGUGUGACGACCUGUGGAACACCAAGAAUGCCGCGGUGGUUUGCCGGCAGCUUGGCUUCCGGUAUGCUCUGAAGGCGGCCAAGAACUCCGAGUUCGGUGAGGGGAAUGAGCUGCGGAUUCUUCUGGACGACGUUCAGUGCGAAGGGACCGAGUCCAGCCUGCUGGACUGCAAACACGCCGGCGUCGGUACACACAACUGUGCCCACUAUGAAGAUGCCGGGGUGAUCUGUGGCAACUCGGACUACGUUAUAGAAGUCUAAAAUUGUGACAACGUGAAGUCAAAGCUAACUGUGUUUGACUAUACCUGUUGUCUUAUAAAUCCACCGCAAAUGUAACACUGUCAAAAAAUGUGGGCAAUGUUUGGCUUCUCAGUGAUUUGUUACAGUAACAUUAGACUAAGAGUCUGAGUAUCUGCAUUGAAUGUUCACCACCUACAGAAUGAAUGUACGGUAUCCUGGCGUUACCGCUUUGGUAAAUGAUUUUAAUAAAAGCUUUAAUUGUA